GGAGAGGCGGACGAAGGCCAGCAUGGCUUCCCGGGGCAGCGGAGACGGGCGAGGAACCCCGGAGGCUUCCCCUGCCUCCUCGUGGGACGUGGCCGGGGCGCGCAUCACGCCGGCAGAACUGCGCUUCGUGGACGCGGCGCCCGGGGGCUGCUUCCGAGCGCAGCUGAGCGUCCAGAACCUGCAGGCGCAGAGCUCCUCCCUCCAACUCUUUCCCCCGGAGAGGCCGCAGUUCAAAUUGAUUGUGGAAAAUCCAAAGAAACCUAUUGCUUCUGGUCUUCACAUAACAGCCACUGUGGAAUAUCGUCCUGACAGUGAGGAAGACCUUCAGGACAGACUACUUCUUCAGAUAGGAAAGAAGACAGUUGAGAUUCCUAUAAUAGGAUUAAUUCCACGCUGUUGUCUACAAAUCGAACCAGAGAUCAAUUUUGGCACAGUGAUUGCCAACAGUAAAGUAAUUAAUACAGAGAUUAAAAUUACUAACUAUGGAUCAUCUCCAGGUACAUUUGCCAUAAAAUAUACAGGAAGUGUUCCCAUUAUUAUAGAACCAACCAGUGGAGUGGUGGAACCACGAUCAGUACAACUGGUUAAAUUCGAAAUUUGUACUGAUGUGCCUCGAAUAAUUAAUCAACCAGCUAUUGUGGAAUUGCAGGGGUGUCCCAGUGCUGAGGUAAAGAUCAAAGCUAACAUAGUGGAGCAAAUUAUUGAGCUUUUGGGUGUGCCUUAUUCAAAUGCAAGAUAUUGUGUGGAUUUUGGAUGUGUCUAUUUUGGAACCUCCAAGACUGAAGACGUUGUUCUUCACAAUAAUAGUCCAGAGCCCAUGUAUUGGGUGGCAGUCCUUCAGGAUGAUGCCAUUGGUACAGAGAUGGGUACAGAUAUUCAGAAAAGUACCAAUGCUGCUUUGAAAGACUUGUAUUGCACUGGUGGAAAACCUUGUGUAGAUAUUUCCACUCUGAUUACCUGUAUUCCUAAUGAAGGAAUGCUACAGCCUUAUCAAAAAAUUGUUGUCACUCUUUGUUUUAGCCCAAGGAAGCUGAAAAGGGACCGGGAUAUUGAGAGAGUUCUACCAAGACAAGAUUAUGCCAUCUUUCUAAGGUUUGAAGUGGUGGGAAGUAAAGAUGACUUCUUAAAAGCAUUGUCUGGUGAUGAUAUACCCACUAAAGCUCAUAAUCCUCAUCAGGUUGAAUUGGGUUUGACAGGCUCAGGUCUUCCGGUCAUGCUGACAUUCAUACCAGGACCAGUUGUCAAUUUUAUGGAGUGUCACAUGGGUGAACAUACAGAUAUUGUUUGUAUGCUUAAAAAUGAAUGUGAUGUUCUUCCAGUGUCAUAUAUUUUCCAUAAAAUUGCACAUUUUAAUAUAUGCCCUGAAAAAGGAAAGAUAAAAGCAAAAUCAACCCAGGAUGUGAUAUUUUCAUUUGUCCCUCAUCGUGUGGGAACUUUCUCAGUGAAGCAGAUAGUUGAUAUCAUUGGUCCAGUGGCAACAAAAUAUAGCCUACCCACUUUAAAAAUGGAACCUUUCCAUCAGAUACAGUUAUCUUUUUUUGGCUUCUGCAAGUCUGUAACCAAUAAAGUUGUACUCAAAACCAACCCUGGUUUAACACCAUUGAUUUCAAAUGCAACGGGGGUCUUUGUAGCAAACAAGGUGGAUCAGCAUAGUGAUAUCACACCGAUUGCACUACUUAAAUCGAAUCGGACCCAUAUUCAUGAUCACCAAAUUAAAAAGAACAUGAGCAAAGCAAUACUAGCUCUCCCUAAUGAUCGGGCAGGCAGCAUAAGACCUGCUGAAUUACAUAAGGACUACAGGACUAUUUUCACAAAGGUUCCCAGAUACAGUUAUGUAGAUCCAGAAUUUUCUUACUCAGUAUAUGAAGAAGAGGAAAACCAAGCACAUAAGGAAUACUAUGCAGAGUACCUCAGAAGUUUAAGACAGCAUCGUUUCUAUAAAAAAGCCUCUCGGAUCUUUAAAAUGCUUAAUAAUUCUGUGGACAUAGGGUUAAAACCGGCACAUGGAUUAAAAUCUCCAAAGGUCAAAGAUUUACCAGAAGAGAAAAUGGAGGAAGAUACUACUUGUAUAACUGGAAAUAACAUGUUAACCAGUCAGCAGCUAGAGGAAAUCAAAGCUAAAUCUGUAGAUAAAGAGGUUAGUGAAGGGCUAAACCCAGUACCUACUUCACCACAAGAGAUUCAAGACUGUAGUUUAAUUUUGACAUCAAGGCAGCUUCAUCAGAUAUUCAUUGGCCCAUCCACCAUUGAUUUUGGAGAAGUUUGUGUGUAUUCAUCUUCUGCCCAGAAAUUGCAUAUCGUAAAUAAUCUGCCUGUGCACAUCUGGAUACAAGUAGAAAUUAAAAGUGAAGAACUGCAGCAGACCAGCCCUUUGUCUCAUGUCAUACCACCUUAUACGAAGAUUUAUAUUCCAGUGGUGUUUGAGAAUGACAAACUUGGAAACUUCCAAAAAUCUUUCUCAUAUACAAUAAAUCAGCAUCAUACUGGACAUGUAUUAGUGGUAGCAAAAAUAGUACCAGUUGCCUUGGAUCUUUCUACAAGAGAAGUGACUUUAAAUCCUGCCUUCAACUUUUUCGCAGAACGUGGGUUCAGAACAACACUCACACUAUAUAAUCAUAAAAACUACCCUGCAAAGUUUACAUGGAAGCCUAUAAUCACAGAAAAGGGAUCUGCCUUUUCCAUAUGUCCAGAGAAAGGAACUGUAGAAGCAUGUAAGGACCUCGAAUGUGAAGUAGUCUGGCAUUCAAGUUUCUCUUCUCCAACAACAGGAGAAUUUGACUUGUGUGUGCAUCAGGGAAAAACACUUAAACUAAAGUGCUUUGCAAAGUUUGCCUGCACUAGUGUUCAGUUUAAAGAAAAGAGGAUCACCUUUAACCAUGCUCCUCUAUACCUAACAACCUGCAGGACUGCUGUUCUUCAAAAUUUGGGACAUAAUCAUGGAUACUUCCAGGUUCUUGAUGCCAACCCUGUUCCUGGAAUGGUUAUUUCUCCUCUUCAGGGUAUAGUACCUGUAGGAGGCCUCACAAAAAUCAAGAUAUAUUUCAGACCCAAUGCAAUAAUGAAAUUUGAUACAAGAGUAGAGGUGGCAGUACAGAACACAAAAACCUUGGAACUUAGGAUUGGUGGAUCUGUAGGGAUUCCUGACAUAGAUGUCAGUGUGCAAUCCUUUAACUUUCCUGGUGUAUAUGUUGACUCGUCCCAAGAAAUUCCCUUUUUUAUUUGGAACAAAGGAAAAACCCGUGCCAUGGUGACAGUGGAUUUGUCUAACCAUGAUGCCUUUAAACUACGUUUUGCUCUUCAGCCAGAAGAUGAACAAAAUAUCCCAGAGCAGCCUUCUUUGUAUUCUACAAUAAUAGAUGCAAAUGCAUCUUUGGAGUGUUCACUGAUUUUCACACCGAAAGAGGUGGCAGCCUAUGACUUCAAUCUUUUAAUAAGUAUUAAUGUAGCUGAACUUCCAUCUUUAUCAUGCACCAGGACAAGUCAUGCUGGCUCAGCAAAGCAUAUCAUUGUCCCACGACCUCAGUCAUUGACUAUACCUACUCGGAUAUGCAAAGUUCAGGCAACUGUAUUGCUGCCACCAUUGCAAGUUUCUCCUUUAGAGCUCUUAUUUCAAUAUAGUAUGAGAACUAUCAACUUGGGUGUUGUAAGUGACAGCAAUAACAUAAAGAAGUUACAUCUUGAAAAUAUCUCAAAGAAAGACAUUACUUGGAGAUUCAAUCUUGAUGCUGCUGGCAAAGCAAUGGAUGAUGGUAUCUUCAAAUUUAGUUUACAUACUGGGGUUCUUCGUCCAGGCCAAUAUACAGUUAUUACCAUUUGUUUCUGCCCAUUUAGUCCUGGAGAAUACACAGCAGAAGUUCCAGUGUUUUUGAAUAAGGAGACGUCUAUUUACAGAACAGUCAGUUUAUUUGGUGCUCUAAAGUCACCCAAGAUGAGCUUUGAACCUCAGCUGUUAAUUCUGACGCCUGUUCCUCUCAGUGUGAAAACUGGAGCAAAUGUCUCUUUAAUUCCUCAAAAUUAUUUAAGGCCAUCUGUUUUACAAGUUGAGGUUCCUGAGGUGUGUCCUGCCAGUGAUGAUAAUGUUUAUGUUGUUGUUGAUGGUGAUGAUGAUGAUGAAGAAAAAGAAAAAAUCAAUCCCAUAACUGUGGAAUUUCCAAAUGGCAAUGAGAUAAAAAUAUCAGAAGAAGGAGAUAAUAUUGGAUUCACCUGCAGAGUCAAUUUCAGUUCCUCAAAACCAUUGUCCUUUAUGAAGAAUUUGUACUUUGUUGAUGAAGAAAGAAACAGAUAUCCACUGAAGGUGUCUGUGACAGCAGAGAAUUGCCUCCUUACUGUGUACCCAUACCUGGCAUACCAUCUCAAUGAACAAAAAAUUAACCUGAAAAGCAAUUCUACUGAGAUAAUUUAUAGCACUGGAGAAGCUGUGCAGCAUCCACGCUAUAUUCCAGAAUCAUGUUCACAAACUUCUUCCAGUACUUUUGAUGCAAUUACAAAUUCUGCCUAUGAAAAUUCUGUUGCAGAAUUGGAAAAGAUGCUUGCAAAUGAAAGAAUAAAGUCGAGAAGUUGUGUUGGCCCAAGUAGACGGGUUGGGAGCACAUUUGAACAAUCACUUUUUCCUGUAGAAGGCACUGAGGAGCAUGCCUUUUUCCAGAAAGUGAUUACCGCAGCCCAGAACUGGUUUACUCUUUUUGGUUGGUCAAAAGGACCAAAUCCCAUUUCCAUUCCACAUUCUCUAAGAUGUGAUGUCUGUAAAAUUCAAAUGACAUCAUCAGAUGAAAAACUUAAACUAAAUCUUGGUAAAGAUAUCAAGACCAUUUAUGACAUGCUACAUCACCUCAGUGGGCAGUUGCUGCCUGGAAUUAGUGCAAGUCAAUCCUUGCCAUUUGAUCCUACUCAGCGAGUGGUGCAGCUUCGCUGGCAACAUGCUACCAUGAUCACAUUUCUCAAAGGGCAAGGAGCAUCUCUUUCUCACAUUUUGCCAGAAUUUCUUCUAGACUUUGAGGAUUAUAAGAAAUGGACAGUCUUACAGUUUACGGUGAAGGCCGAGAAGCAUGAUCCUGAUGACAAGUAUGUGUAUGUUUUGGAUGACUCUGUAUUUGAGGCUGUUAGCAAGCGAGCAUGGACAGAUGUGUUGCUUCAGGUAUAUAAGAUUUUGGUUCUCCAGCGUGUGUCUUUUCUUGAGAACAAUAGUCAGAAAAAUUCAGAAGACAUAGAACAUGUACCAAAAAUAAGUGCUGAUCCCUUAUCUAGUAAUAUAUAUUCUUCAUCUGAAAGAAUUCUUCUUUCUUGGAUGAAUAGACAUUUUGAGAAAAUGCGGAAAAUUGUGUGGAAAGACUGCGACAAAGGUGAUGUACCGCCUGCAAGAUGGAUUGUAAAUUUUGAUAGAGACCUGCUUGAUGGCCUUGUCCUUGCAGCACAAGUUGCAAGCUAUUGCCCUUUUUUGAUUUCAACUCACUUUGUGAAUAUGUACACGAAUCCCCAAACUUCUGAACAAUAUUUUCACAAUUGCUUGAUCAUUGUAAAUGCCUUUCAUGCAAUCACCCUUGACAUAGAUGUAUUGGCUACUGACAUCUGCGAUCCAAACCCUGUCAUGAUGCUUAUGCUUUGUGUCCAUUUAUAUGAGCGGCUUCCUCAAUAUGCACCCAAGAAAUCUAUUGAGUUUCCUGGUCCACUGCAUGCCACUGUACUUAGAAAGAUACAAAUAAAAAACCCAAGUAUCAAUCCAUUGAUAUACAAUGCUUCAGUUUUAGGAAGAGAAUCUGCAGAUUUUACAUUGCCUAAAGGAAACACUGUCACGAUUCCCCCAAAGAGCCAAAUACGUGUGAAGGUGGAAUUCACUAGCCGCUUCCUGUAUCCUGCUGAAGCUGUAUUGCUGCUUGUUUCAAAGCCUUUAACGGGAGUGGGUGGGGUUACAAUGACGUUUUCCCUGAAGACUAAGAUUACAAAUAUUAAACCUGCUGGUUCAUUAAAAUGCAAAUCUCCCUGUUAUGAAUUGAAAAAACUUAGUCUUCAAGUUACUAGCCCUUUCAAAAUGGAUGGGCCAUUCAGGGUCAUUUUAGUUGAAUCAACAAGUUGCAUCACUGAACCUGAGAAACUAGAUCAAAUUAGCCAAAUAAAGCAAGGGAAAACAAAAAGUAAUGAAUCUAACACUCCUGAUGAAGUGGUAGCUGUACAUGGAUUUUACAAUCAAGGGGACAACUCAAGUAAUGGUAAUGGAGUUAACUACUUACAAGAGUUCUUCAGCCCCAAAGAGAUAAUAUUAUUGGGCAAAGAGAGUUCUACAAUCCUUGACCUUCACUAUCUUCCUUUUAGUUUGGGAAAACGUUACUGUGCCAUAAUUUUGGUCAAUCAGCAGAUUGGGGAAUUUGUGUACCUGGUGGAAGGAACAUGUGGCUUACCAUUGCCCUCAGGCUUGCUUGGAAUGGACAGUCCAAAUGUUCUCUGCAUUAAAAAUAUGUUAGAAGGCCAAAGUGAAGAGGAGCCCACUCUUUAUCUGAAAUGCUGCCUUACUGAUGUACUUCAGGAAAAGCUGAAGGUUCCUCUAAUCAAUAAGGCCAGGGAGAAUGCUCUGGCUAUUGCAGCACAACAACAGAUGUCUACUUUGGAGUAUGAGCGAAGGAAGAUCACAGGGACACUUGAAAGCAGCAGUGUUCGAGUUGCAGUAGCAGCUUUAGGAUUUUCAAGAGUUGAGAAAGACAUUCUCUCAAACUCCCUUAAUUUUUCUGAAAAACAUAUUGAAUACAGUGUUGAAGGAAGCAUGCCUGAGUGUUUUGAAUUCCCUGGGAAAAUAUACAUACCUGUGUUGGCAUCAAGCAGAGUUAAUUCUACACAGCUGGGAAUCAAAGUUCAGUGGUAUACAGAAAAAGCAGAAGAUGAUGCUGUUGAACUUCCUAUGAUGUUUAUACCUCAGUAUCCUGGCCGAUAUCCUUGCCACAUUCUUCUGCAAUCCAAAUACGAUAUCCGUCUUUUUAAAAUCGAGUGUGUGGUGAAUACAGAUACUACUGAAGCUGAGUUAGAAUUUGUAACUCCAGCAUAUCAUGCUGUGACUCAAGACAUUCCAAUAACUAACAUGAGUCAACAGGAUUGGAAACUUGAUGCCAUUAUAAAGGGAUGCAGUUUUUAUGGCCCCCCUCUUAUAUAUGUAGCCCCAGGUGAAACAACUCCCUACACUCUUAUGUAUAAGCCAACUGCAGAAGGUGAAACCAAGGGGAAGCUUAUUUUACAGAACAAAGCUGAUGGCACGGAUCAUAUUUUUGUCCUGAAAGGGGUUGCAACAAAACCAUUGGCACUGGAUCAUAUUAAGAUAGAAUGCCAAGUUAGACAGAUUACAGAGAAAGUAAUAAUGGUGCCCAAUUUUACCAAGACUGAAUUGAAAUACAAGGUGUCUUCAGAUCUUCUGAUAGUUGGUGGUGACUCAACACUCACUGUAGAACCAGGGGACACUGCUGCUUAUACUCUGAAUAUAUCACCCUGGAAACGUGGCGAAUUUAAAGGUGUAAUUGUAUUUGUUGCUGAAGAUAGAGAACAGCAGCAGCAUCGACAAAGCAACCUAAUGCAGAAGACAGAUGGCGUUCAGUCCUUUCCGAAAUUACCAACAGAGGAACUGCAAACAGUCAAGGCAGCAAACACUGGGCAAAGUUCAACAAGCUGCAAAGUGUGGUUUUCGUUGGAGAUACAUAGUAUGCCAGCACCACCAGAAAAAACCUUGAGUGUGGAAUGUCCUGUUCUGGAUACUAUCAUUAUUGGAAUUCCUGUAACUAAUCCCACAGCUGACAUUCUUCCAUUAGAUGUGAUACUCAUAGAUGCUGUUGUACUUAGUGGAGAGAAAAAGCUUGUUCUUCAACCAAAGGAAACAUUUCACUAUGAAGUAAAGUACUCUCCAGCUGUUACUGGCAGCUCAGUUGGAAGUGUCAUACUCCUGUCAGAGAAUUUUGGAGAAUUUUGGUAUGCAUUGCAAUUGAAAGCACAGAAGCCUCGACCAACCAGAAUGCCUGAAAUAGAAUGUGAACUUGGAAAAUGGAUUUGCCAGAAUAUUCCUCUGGUUAACCCUACACAUGAAAUUCUGGAAUUGAAACCUUUGAACAGCAACCCAAACCACUUUUCAAUGGAAAUAGAUCCUAAAACCCAACUUAUUGUCCCUCCUCAUUCUACUGCUGAAGUACCUGUUCGGUUUUGUCCUUCUUCUGUAGGAAGAACCAACCAUACGGCAAGAAUUUGUUUCGAAUGUCCACAGCUCGAGGAAUGGGAAUUUUUCUUGUCUGGUGUUGGUCUGAUUCCUCAGCCACUGGCUCCAGCUAGUGUAAGUUCUUGUGUUGGUCACCAUUCCUCAAUCAUCAUAACCUUCAAGAAUCCUACGUAUGAAGAUGUAAUGGUAGAUGUUAUUAUCACAGAUCAGGAGCGUAUCGUGCAUGAGCCCGAUACAUGUACAUUUCAUCAUUCCAGUAAAGACUCUGUUUUCUGGCUUCCACUCAAGGAAAAAAUAGGAAUCCUUUUGCCUCAAAAAAGCAAGCUGGAUAUACCAGUACUGUUUGCACCUUAUGCCAUGAAACUGUAUGAAGCUGUGCUUGUUGUUAAAGUUGUGAAAACAGAUGGCGGAACAUGGUUUUAUGAUGAUGCCAUUGAAAUAAGCAAAAUAUUAAACAGCAAAACUGUAAUAACCAAGGAUGAAGAAAUCUUGGGUUUCCGCUGGAUCUAUCCAAUUCAUGGAAUCCCUGAAGCACCACCCUAUAAAUCUACACCAGCUGUUGUAAGUUGCCAAGCCCGUAGUAGAUUAGAAGAAAGAGUGGAAGUGUUAUUGACUGGAGUGGUUCCUGGAGUGUCUGGAUCCCACACAAUCCAAGACUCUGCAACUAAGAGCAAUACCAUUUAUGAUGGCAUUCAAGUAACUGAAGGAUUUGCUACAACAGAUGAAUUUUUGUAUGACAUUGAGUUUGAAUCUGAAACAGCAAAAUCACAGCUCAAAUCUGCAGUUGCUGUAAAUUUAAUGAAGAAAGACCUGGAUUUCAAAACUGGAAUUAUGACUUUGAUCUUCAAUGUAGUAUUUGCACCCUGCAAACCAAUAAGGAAUUUGGCAACAUUAGUGGUGCAGCGGAGUACAGGAGGCAUCUGGAGGUUUCCGGUACUGUUCAUCGCUACUGAACCUGAAGUAGAUGACAUCAUUAAUAUUGAAGCAGUUGGUUUAAACAAGGAAUCUGGAGUUAGGUUUCGGCUUACAAGCCAAACAAGGUACCCAGAACCUUAUACAGCCUACUUUCUACAAGGCAGUGAUCCAGAAUUUGUUGUAUGGCCUCAGGCUGGUGAAUUGCUCCCACUUGACACACCAGGCACCUGUAUAACUGUUGGAUUCAAGCCCAGUAUGUACAGCAAGAAACAUAAAGCAACAUUAGUAAUACAGACAGCAGCAAUGCAGUGGAUGUAUGAGAUCAAUGGCUUGCCUCCCCAGACUGUGCCACCAUCUUCACCAGCAAAAGUUGAUUGUCGCCGUCCAUUUAUGAGAUCUGCAACAGUGCAACAACGCAACUAUGUACGUGAAAAUAUGAAACUAUUAUCUACUGGUGUGUCAUCCACUAUUAAAGGAGCUCCUCUUAUGCUUAGAGGAAAAUGAAACUCCUAUAUCUCAUUUAUACAGAAGUCUAUUUUGUGGUACAGAUCUCUGUUCUAGUUCUAUGUAUACAUCUAUAUAUAGAGUGCAUUGUAAAACAAUAAAUUUGAUAGCA